GCUUCGCUUGGUGGCCGCCGCUUUGAGACCCGCGUCGGAACUUGGGAAGAGCAGGAGGGAGUGGUUUAGUGGUCGGGGAAGAAGGGGAGGAAGGUGGAAGCGACACGGAUCCCGCCUUCUCUAAACCCAGCCGCGGAGAGGGAGAGAGGAGGGAGAGAGAGAUUGGCAAUUAAUGGUGGGGCUUUUGUUAAGAGCAGGGGCUGUUGCGCUGCCCUUUGGGAUUGGAGGCCGAUCCCGUAUCUAUCCACACGUUACGGGGAUUAUCUCUCUCCCCUCCGCCGGGGCAACGGCAAACGGCAAGAUGAGCGCUGCUCGUUAUUGUCUGAAGCGCCGCUUGCGCGCCUGCAUUUGCAAACCUGCAGCCGCCGAUGCGCAUUCAGUGGGUGGCGGGGCGUCCUUUGUCAGGCUGGGAUCUGUGCUUUCCUGUUCUCCAAAAUAAGAGAGAAAAACCCGGCAGCAUCCAGGGAAAAGCAAGAAGGGGGAGGAAGCCUGAGGAGGCCGUGGUCCACCCAAGCCUGGUAAUUGUGCGUGUGCGUGUCUUUAAAAUGCAUAUGUAAAAUGGUGUUUAUUUCCAAGGAAAAUGCUCCCCCGUCUCUCUGCAACCUCUUUGCCCCAGAAAAGCGGCCAGGAUGCCUUCCCAGAUGUGUAACAGGUUGAGGGAAUUUGUAUUUCUCUGCUGAGGGGAAAGGCUCGCUGGGCCACAGAUGGUCAUUUUGUUCCCCACCCGGUCCUUGUGGCGCAACAUCGUCGCGUGUAACUUGUGCAGCCCUGCCUGCGUCUACUCCGGAGUAAGUCUGCUCUCGGGCAAAGUGUGUGCAGGGCUGCAGUCCUCUACACCCUCGUCUGGGGGCGAAACCCCCGGAUCAUGGGUAAACGUGGAUAGCAUUGCGCUUUUUAAGGAUUUUUGAUUUCAGAAGUUGGGCUAGAUGAGGCAUUCUGACAUCUAAUAUUGGUGGCAGCAUUUGUAAAUAUUUAGAAUUAAGAUUGAGAAUAUUGCAGUCCACUGUGGCUGUUUCAGUUGCUUCCCUGUGUAAAAUCCUGAUGAGGGAAUACCGAAGGAGUGUUUUAUGGGCUAUACAUCUCCGCGCUGCCAGCUUUUGCCAUUUCAAAUGAAGUGAUCUCAAAAACACCAUUUGGAGCCUGGCUAACCCCCAAGUGCAGGGAAGAUGAGGGACCUGUAGCUGCAGAUAUUGCUGGACUACAGCUCCCACAAUCCCUUGCCAUUGAUCUUACUGGCGGAAGCUGAUGGGAGCUGCAGUUCACCAACACCUGGCGGACCAUAGGUUUUCCCAUCUCUGUACAUCUUGGGGUGGUUGUGGCAGAAGAGCCUGCACUUAUCCCUCUAUAGAUUCUGCGGCCUUCCAUGGCGUUUUCAAGAAGUCAUUUGUACGUUUACAUUCCUAUGUUUACCUCCAGACCUUCUUGUGUCACAGAAGCCAAAGCAGUGUUUGCCUUGUUCCUAUCCAGGCACUGACCAGAGCCAGGCCUGCUUAGCUUCAGUAAGGCCGAUCGACACAUGUUUACUCUGAGGUAACAUAUAUGGAAGUAAACAUGCAUACAGAUCAACCUAUAAACUGAAAUGUAUUGUGAAUUAUCCUUAUUAAUGCAGGGAAUUGCUUCUUUUGCUGAAUAUGCACAUGGGAAAAGCAUAAUGCAAUUUAGGAUGAUCCUCCACUGCCUUCAUGUUUUUGAGUGUGGGGCAAUAUUUGAGGGGUUAACAUAAUUAAGUGUUGAGAGAGAGAGAGAGAGGUACUUACAAUGAAAUUUCCUGUCUUUUAUUAAUCAUAAUCUUCAAGACUUCUUCUGGGGAGGAAAGUCAGGACCCUGUGGAUUUGAAAGGUAGGCAUCCUUGUAGUUAACCAUUCCUGCUUCACAAGAAUAUUUGGCCUAGAGUUAUCUGAGAUAUAAUGAAUCCAUUAUAAUGGACUGGUUUUAAGGUAUGUUUGUUGGAACUGCAAUCGUGUGCUCCCAAGAUCUUAGCAGAGAGUUUUGGCAGUGAUAUGGCUUGAUCCAUGGAUCUACCAGGGAUCUGCAACACAGGAGCAACAAUCAAGUCAAGAAGCUGGAUACCUGUAUUCUUCUUUGAUUUUAUUAGUGCUGCAAAGCAAGAGAAGAAACCCUAUUAUUGCUACCUACUGGCUAUAAUGCUGUUACUCAGUUAUAAUUGUCAAACCAAACCCCAAAGCGAAUCCCACAGUUACUCAGUUUGUGAGGGGGACUUUCCCUUUCAUCCCUGUAUCUCAAACAAUCCUAUGCUACAUAGUCAGCUGUUACUUCCACCCCACAAACUUCACAAAGGUUCUCUUUUCUGCCAUCUCAUUACCAAUAAUUCCCACAUGGGCUGGACUCCAGCAAAAAGCAGAGACCCAUUAUCUGUCAUUCUGAAUUCAAAAAACCAUAUUCCAUUUACCAAAUCACAUUUACAUUCCAUAUCUCCAUUCCUUAUGGUCAAUGACAACGUGUUAGCACCCCUACCCUAUCAGGUCUUGCAUCCCUCAGCCCCCUAAAGCCACCCCGAUAGCCACUCUGCUAUCAAUAUGGAUAACUAAUUGGAUAAACUAGAGUAUGAAGAUGAUGCCCAACCUUUGCUGUUUGGUUCUGGCACGUAGAGGCAUGCUGCCCCUACACAGGGGUGUUCCAAUUAGCUGUCGUGGUAACGAGUAGGAAAUGAUAGCUCUUGCUCUUUUCUCAAGCCAUCUAACUUAGUGGCUUUGAGGGGCUAUCACUGUUAGAAACUCAGAUAUAUAAGCUUAGGUGGCAAAAGGCUCCUUAAACCAAGGUUACAGCCAGCUCCCCCAGAUCUCCAAUAAAAUAUCUAGAAAAAUAGCACUGGGCAUUGCCAUUCAAAUGGUGCCCAUGCACUGUGUCUUGUGAUCAAUUUUGCAGCGCAGGGCUUACCUGGGCUCCCCCCCCCCAAUAUUUUAUUCCAGUUGGCACCCCUGGUUGCAGUUGCCCAAACAGAAUGUCUAGUUGUCUUUUAGGGGCAAGAUGGCUCUAAAGUCUUAUUUUUCAAAUGAUGAACUGACUGUGUUUGAUUAUCAGCUAAACAUUUGACUUGUUCAUAUGACAACCUUGAGCCAGGUUAAGCACUUUGAGAACGUAAAGAAGAAAAGUCACUUUAUCCAGGGACAACCCACAGAUAUAUAGGCCUAUUCUUACCUCUUUUUCUUCAUGGUGACCCAGACCAUAUUCUUCACAACUGUGAGCAGGACAGUGGGGUGGGGUAAUUUAAGACAAGCGGCAAUAAUUAACUAUAACAUUGUUCACUGCUCCUGCUCCAGCUGCACAGAAAAAAAGCAUUUUGGUUCCUGAAAUUCAUUCUGAUUGUGCAGACAAAAUGUAACUGAUAGAAUUCUGUAAGAUGCGGUAAUAGUGUGUGAAAACAGUCCAGACCCAAUGAUCCCCAGGCAUGCACUUCCCGUUGUGCCCAGGCCUCUUCACUUGGUUGCAAGUGACUAAAAGCCAUGUGCAAAAUGCGCCUGGUGCCUGGCUAAUUUUGAACACUGUGUAGUAGGGAAUUCUGAAUUGUGUGAAGUAGCACUUUUGUUUGUCCUGAACUCUGCUAUUGGUGAUUGUGUUGACUGACUGACUGAUGAUAGUGUAAUAUUCUAACAUUUUUGUGUGACGAAAAAGAACAUUUUCUGAGCAGAAUGUUAUUUGCUGUGAAAUCAAUCAUGCUUGCAAAAGUAAGCUGUCUGUUGUUGUUUUUAUAGGUUAUUUUGGCACUCUGGAGAAUCAAAAGAAAAUGCAAAACAGCGAAGUGAUAAAACCUGCCAAAUACUUCUCUGAAGUGGAGAAGAGUGUGUUGCUGGCAUUAGUUGAGAAAUACAAAUAUGUACUCGAGUGUAAAAAAAGUGAUGCAAGGACUAUUGCACUGAAACAACGGACCUGGCAGGCACUUGCUCAUGAAUAUAAUUCUCAACCAAGUGUAUCACUACGAGAUUUCAAGCAGCUUAAAAAAUGCUGGGAGAACAUCAAAGCACGGACAAAGAAAAUAAUGGCACAUGAAAGGCGAGACAAGGUAAAAAGGAGCAUUAGUCCACUUCUGAGUAAUCACAUCCUGGGAAAAGAGAAGAUUGCCAGCAUGGUACCUGAGCAGGUGUACUUUUUACAGAGUCCACCAGAAGAGGAUUCUGAAUAUCAGCCAGAAGCCUCCAGCCAAGGUACAGUUGUUUUCUAGUGAUCUACAGUAAACUAUUCUCGUAGCUUUACAUUCCAAAAGUAGAUAGAAAAUUUGCAGUUUGCUUACCUGGUGAUACCUCUUGUGGUGCUAUGAUUUUUCCAGUAUAAGUAAAUGAACACAAUCUAUAUGGAUUUAACUGGUGAGUCAUGACACUUGAUAGGAUCAUGCCCUUUCCCUCAGGUGUGUCAUAGCAGCACCAUUUUUCUCCUGAAGAGAAGAAAAAGGUGAAUGAUAGGGGGGAAUAAGAGAAUGAGACAUUAAUCUUUUUUAAAAAAAACAAAAACCUAUAACUUACCAUUUGACCCCAUGCCUGGUAUAUGUGUGAAUGCAUUUCUAAUUAUUUGGGAUAAUUAGUUUUAACAAGUUCACUUUAUCAUGAUUUUAUUUUUAAGCCAUUUUGAGAGGUUUGACUAUAAAUUCAGAUUAACCUUCAUAAAUGUGAGUUUAUAUGUGAGCCUCAGGUUGCAAUUAGGUUGGGUGUAAGAACAUUGAAGACCACUGCAUUUUGUUCCAGUACAGCCAUGAAAAUAAUACCUACCAUUCAAACUGUUUAUAUCUUAGUUAACACAUCAAAAACAUGCUUGUAUCCAUUUGUGGGAGGCCCACAGGUUAGAGGAGCAGAGAGUAACCCUUUGUGGUCAACAGCCACAUUUCCUCAGAGGAACAUGCUCAGAAGCCACAAACCAGUGGCAGGACCAAAGCCUGGGCAGGGCAGAGCCGCUCCUUUUCUCUCCCAUUCGUACACCAUCCCUUAAUUCUCUCAUUCAGUCCCAUUCAUGCAAGUUCACAAGGAGCCACUGUGGCUGUCACACAGGCAAAGCUGCCAACCAGCAAAGCAGUGCAAAGUAUGGAUAUCAGUCAACCCACCAGUGGAACAGUCACUGGGCUUGGCCAUGAACACAGCAGAAGCUGCAAAGUGUAGAUGCCCCUAGCAAGCUUUCUGCAUCAGCCAAUCUUCACACAGCUCCCAGCAAGGACCGCUGCUCAGCCCACCACAUGCAUGACCCAACAGAAGAAAAGCACACACCCUAGGCGGACACCGUUAAGUAACACACGUGGGCACAGUGGCGCCUCAGACACACACAGAUUGGGACCCCUCACGACGCCUCGUACUCAUGCAUCACUGAUGCCAAAGUACCGCACUCCAACAGAAACAUCAAAGCAUUUGUUGCAGACAUGAGUGUGCAGCCCAAACAGACACAGGAGUGCAAAGCGCCAUCAAAGAGGAUCCACACCUGUCGCACACCCUUCCAGGGAGUCCACAGAGCAUCCACAUAGCCAGGACAAGGGAUGGGGGGGGGCACGGCUGUCCCGAGCAAAAAGCAAAUUACACUUGGAGAUUUCUAAUACCGGCAUUGGUUCAAUGUUCUGGAGUUUCAGAGGGAAGGAAGGAAAGUGGAAAGCAAAAAUAACCUCAGCUCUGUUUCUCCCCUGUCAAAAUCCUUGCUCUUCUUAAUUACAACACACCACACUUUAUGUUUUCUACCUGUUUCUUACCCUCAGAAUCUGUUUUGCUUUGUUUCUCCUCCAGCAACGUUGCAAUAAGUAUGAUGAGCAAAAGAUUCUGUCCUCUACACCCCAACCCUUGCUCCCUCAGUGCAGUUCAGCACUUCUUGAAAGAAUUUUUUACCCACAACUUCUCCAUUCCCUCAUGCUUCUGACCCCCUCCCUUUUUUGCAAGUUGAGAAACUUUUUGCAAAGCUUUGCGUACAAAAACAGCACCUGUUUCAAGGACAGUAAACCUUCUCCUUUUCUGUAGGGCAAGCUACUUAACAUGGACUGGAGCAGGUGAGCUCAGUGAAAAGAGUCAAAUCUGUGCUCUGGCCAAUGCUGUCAUCUUCCUUUUUUCAAAAAACCUACCUGUGCUCUGUCCCAAUCUGUUUCUACAUCCUUCAAGGCUGCACCAAAGGAGGUGAAGAGCCGCAGGUUGCCCAGCUGUGGGUUAUAGCAUCUCAAAAUAAAUCAUUGAGUUGAAAGAGACCUUUUAGCAGGAGGAUAUGAAUUGUAGUUCUGUUGUUCUCUUCCCUGCCUGCUUCUUUCAGUACAAGCACUUCAAAAGACAUCUUGGGUGAACUCCAAGAGGCCACUCUGAGCAUUCCUCCCUAUUUUCUCAAGCCUGCUGAAUUCAAGCCCCCCACUCUGAACUUUGGAGCAGGGGUUAAUCUUGUGCUUUGAGGUGCUUGAGGGCCUUCAAAGGGCAUGUGGCCCAGGCAGCCUCCAGUCCUCUGAGGAAAGUGAAAGAUCAUAUCAAACCUCCUGUGUCUUGGAGGUACUCUACAAAGUUCAACAUGGUGUCAGUCAUCCUAACUGUGAAGGCCCCUAUAGAGCUACUCUCAGAGAAAAGCCUUGACGGUGGAGGCAAAGGGUAGAGCUUUAAAGAGAGCCGAAUUUCCUUUUCCUCGUCUUUUUCUCUGGCCAAACAUUUUUUACCCAUACCUGUGCACCAGAGAGGAAGUGAGGGAUGCCUACACACCCAGGGCAGCCGUUCCUCUUUCAGACUGCCUUCAACUCUGAACGCCCUAUCCUCUUCCACCCUAUAAUGGUAGUGCUUGUAGUUUGAUGCUGUCACAAUGUCCAGUGUCCUGAAUCUGCUUCAGGGAAAGAUGACGCAAGCUUGGCUGUGCAGUAAUUUACUGUCGUUUUUAAAAAUCACAUUGAUAUGCCAUCUUUCCUCCAAGGCUGUCAAGAUGGAGCCCAUGGGGUUAUCCUAGCUUAUCCUCACUGCAACAGCUCUAUAAAGUGGUUAAGCUGAAGAUAGCGACCAGCCAGUUAUUGAUAGUAAAGGUAAAGGGACCCCUGACCAUUAGGUCCAGUCAUGACCGACUCUGGGAUUGCGCGCUCAUCUCGCUCUAUAGGCCGAGGGAGCCGGCGUUUGUCCGCAGACAGCUUCCGGGUCAUGUGGCCAGCAAGACUAAGCCGCUUCUGGCGAACCAGAGCAGCACACGGAAAUGCCGUUUACCUUCCCACCGGAGCGGUCCCUAUUUAUCUACUUGCACUUUGACAUUGAUAGCUGAGUCAGUGACAUUGAUAGCUGAGAGCCAGUGUGGUGUAGUGGUUAAGAGUGGUAGUCUUGCAAUCUGGGGAACUGGGUUCGCAUCUCCGCUCCUCCACAUGCAGCUGCUGGGUGACCUUGGGCCAGUCACACUUCUUUGAAGUCUCUCAGCCCCACUCACCUCACAGAGUGUGUGUUGUGGGGGAGGAAGGGAAAGGAGAAUGUUAGCCACUUUGAGACUCCUGAAGGGGAGUGAAAGGCGGGAUAUCAAAUCCAAACUCUUCUUCUUCUUCUUCUUCUUCUUCUUCUUCUUCUUCUUCUUCUUCUUCUUCAAUUUGGGCUUCAAGUCUCCCAAUGUAUGUUUAACACUAUAUCCACCACACCAAACUGGCUCUUGCGUUGGAAAAAAUUGAAAAUUAUUAUAAUGGUCAUAUUUCUUAUUUUAUUUCCCCAGAACCUUUCACCGUUAUAAACAGAGAACUGUGCGAUGAAGACAAAGAUCUUGUACAUUUCCAGGUAUGUGAAGGAACCUCGCAAUCGGAGCCUUCCUGUUCAGCAGUCAGAAUAACAGGCAGUAAAAAUUUCAGAAGUAAAGCUGCCCAGGAAAGUGAUCUGAAAAAGAUGCAUGAAGAAGAGCACCAUCAGCAAAUGUCCAUCUUGCAACUGCAGCUGAUCCAGAUGAAUGAGGUCCACGUGGCCAAGAUUCAGCAAAUCGAGCGGGAGUGUGAGAUGGCGGAAGAGGAGCACAGAAUCAAGAUGGAGGUGCUCAACAAAAAAAAAAUGUACUGGGAGCGGAAACUUCAAACUGUUACAAAAGAGUGGCCCGUCUCAUCUUUCAACAGACCGUUCCCUAAUUCGCCCUAGAGAAGGCAGCAGCCAGCCAUAAAAUGGACUGGCGUCACUGGUUUAUUAGAAGAGAAUGAGGAGGGGUUCAGUUCUGCUAGUUUUGUAUUUUUAGGUUGAGAGAAUGCCUUCCCACUAGGCUGUGAACAAACAUUAAGGAAGAGCUAAGAAAAAUGUGGUAUCUAUUUGUUGUUUUUUAAGCCCAAUAACUCAAUUAUUAUCAUUUUUUGAGCAUCCCCUUAUACACACAGGAAGUCAGUAGGCAUAUUCUGUGGUGCACACUUUUUCUCUAGAAAGUUCUGAACAGCAGAUACGUAGCUGGGCAUUUUAGUAUUUAAUUUCAAGUCUGAAAUUUAAAUUUGUUUCCAAGAAGCAAGAAUUCUGACUUAUCCUCCAUAAUUGUUUGUUGAGGUGGGGCUGCUAGCAGUUGCGCAGUGACUCAGCUGCAUCACUGAGCCAGAGGACAUAAUACGUUUUCCGUUUAUUAAUAGAAUGUGGGGAAAGGGCAGCAUCAUAGCAGGAACAGCUUCAGAAGAGGGCAUGGAAAGCUUUCAAACAAUUGAUUAGCUCUCUGGCCACAAGGGAAGUUCACCACCACCACAUUUCUCUCCUGCCCCUAACCAUUAAUGACGCUGCACUCAGUUUGCACUAUAGGGCAUGGCUCACCUGCCAGCUAUAUAAUUUAGGGCAAAAUUACUACUGUCUGGCCACUUUUCUGCGGUUGAAGAAGGCAUCAAGAAAAUUACCAUUGUGUGUGAUUUGCAGCUGUGCACGUGUACUCCACAGUAAGUGUAUACAGGAUUGCAGCAUCACUUGGAUACUUGGCACCUCUCCGUUUGGUUCAUUUCAGCUUGUUUGGCUUCUCGUCAUGUCAGGAAGGAGCCACCCGUCCAUCUAAUACGAUGCAGGUCCAGUUUGUUUGCAUGACAGGAUCACCCUCUCCGUACUUCACCUAUCUCUUGGUCCUAGUCCACAUGAGCCAGGGAUCUGAAGUGAGCACCAGCCAAAUGUAAGGAGGUUAAAGUGUAGAUUUACUGUGUAACUCGGGGCUAUUUAAACACAUUGCAUUUUUACAUGCAAGUCCCUGUAAAAAUGUAAUGAGUGCACAUGGCAAAUGCAGAUAAUUCUGCCGCCACACAGGGAGUGGCUGUGGCUCCUUGAAUGGGUAACUGGCAAACGCAUUGAGCAUCACAAUGUGUGACUGAGCUCUUGAAGAGUUUUCAUCUUUGAUGGGAGGCAAGGGACUGAGAGAACCCACCACCCUCUAAGUACGUGACAAAGGAGAAGCAGGCUUGUUUCUGUUUUAAUGAAGCAGCAACCAUGAAUUUCCACGAUUUCAUAUGUAGAUUUGGCAGUUAUGACUAAUAAGUGCAAAUGGUGAUAUUAGCUUUUUCUUCUUCUCAAAAUGGGGCAAUCUUGCUGUGUUCAUUGGGCUUCAGGUGGUUUUCAGUUGGAUUUACAGGUAAAUCUUUUCAGAUGCUUCUAAGACAGAGACCUGAAGCUACUUAAGAGUGCUGUCAAAUCUGUUGCAAAACUAGCAUGAGUGGAUUAGAGUUGCCCCUCUUUUAUAUUUACAGUAGCAGAGGGUUACCAGUAAAGUAGGGGGAGGCAUAGUCAAUUUUUCAGGCAGGUAUAAGGAACAUUUGAGUGUCCAGACAUUGCAGCUACAACUUGCAUCAUCCCUAGUCAUUGGCCAUGCUUGCUAGGCCUGAUGGGAGUUGUAGUUCAGGAGCAACUGGAGGACCAAAGGUUCCCACACUAAGGGUACAAGCUUGUUGCUUAAUGUUGGUGAAGCACCAUACGUUUGUCAUUGCUUUCAGCACUCCCAUCUUGGUAUGUCAAGGAAAAGGGUAAGGAGUUUUUCCUCUUGUCUUCCAGGGCAUGGGGGUGGCUAGGGUUGAGAUUUUAAAUAGUAUAUAAUUGUGAGUUCGGAGUACAGUGGUGGGAAUUACUCUGAUUUAACUAAAGGGGAUGAGCAUGGUUUAUGGUGCUGCACAUGCGCACUGCACAGAAUUAGCCAUAAAGGCUUCCUCUUUUUCCUGUUGAUAGGAUGGUGUGCUGAAAUACCAACUUGGGGAAUGAGAAGGAGAUCUACUAUUCAUAGGUGCAGAUCAUUUACAUGCUGACAUGAAAUCCUUGCUCUACCUCACUCCUCUCAAAUAGAAUCAAGCUCAAAGAAAUUGAGUCGCUUCAGGUCUUUUCUGGUGCGUGCCUUUGACUAUAAGACCGGGUAGAAAUACGUUCAUUCUGGAAAAACAAAAUUUGUGUAUUUUGGUAAUGUAGCUUUUAGUGCAACUUCUUAUUGAGGAGCUCUGUUCAAACUGCUGAACAGAUCUUAUUGAACAUCUUACAAAGUGCACACUGGUUCACAGUUAACAGAUUCCCAGGCAAACAAGAAACUGUCAGAAGUAUGGGGAAAGGGAAUGGGAAGAUAACUGGAAAGAGGGCUGUGCUUAUACUGUGGAGAUUUUUGUGGUUCUUAAAUGAGUUUAUAACUUAGUAUUUUAAAUAAUUUUCCAAAGGGAAAAUAAUUAUGUUAGUUAAUGCAUGUGUAGAGCUUAAAUACUGAAUUCAAACCACUACAAAAAUAAAUGGAGGUUCCAGCAUAAUCCAAUAGAAAACGAGGGAGCAAUUGCAGCCCCAAGCCUCAGGAAAUCACAAGCCCUUUUGAAAGUAUUUUGAGGGGAAAUGUUAGGCUACUUCUCAUUUGCCUCCUCAUUUUGGUGUCUUUGGUACAUAUUAGGGUUGUCUGGUCCAAAUUAGAAUGGGGCUCCUGUUCCUGUGUGCAACUGGGAAUUUCAGAAGGUGCAUGUGCUCUCACCUCUGCAUGACAAGUUGCCCUUGCCAAAAUUAUCACAAACUACUACCUGUAAAAGAGGCGUCACCCAUGUGGACAUCUCUAUACCCGGAUAACGUUCUCCAUCCUCCAUUCCUAAAACAAGCGUGUGUGGCAGGCAGUUUAAUUCUAACAUGAAGCAGUGCAGAGAGCAUAAAACUCAGCAGUGAAUUUAGCUGUCAGAAGUAAAGAGAAACUAGCAUGCGUUCAUAUAUUUUAUUACAGAAAAUAGUAGUUUAGGUUUAGCCCCUGCCCAGCUCCCCCUUCUCCUUGGAUGCCAAUAGUAUUUCCCAUUUCAAUGAGCCUCAGUUUCUCAGCACUUCAGAGUGGAGUUUUUUUCAACUGCCGCUCCUGUGUCUAUUUUUCGGGGGAGAGGGACACAAGUUGCACUGCAAUUUUGCUGCCAGUCUUGAGAUAUUUCCAUUUCUUUCACGUUCUAAAUUCUGAACUUUUAAAAUACUACUUUAUCAUAUAUUUUUUUAUUCCUAUUAUGUCUUCUGUUCAGUGUUACCAUGUUAAAUAGAUUUAUUUCACUCUCUCCCUUGAAUUUCCCCCUUCCCUGUCAUUUAUAUUCUUAUUAUUUAGAUAAUAUGUAGAACUCAACAUUUCAUCCUCUUUGCUUUUGUCUAAAUAGAGUAGUUUCCUGGUAUAUUGGAUAUAGAACUGUAUGAAUUCCUCAUUCAAAUUCUGCAAGAAGAAAAUCUAGAUACUGUGAAAUGUAUGAAUUGUGCCUUGUAUUUCUUUAGCGUGUACAAUUCAUUUUGUUUCGGCUGUAAUCUGGGGUAGAAGGAAUGAGCUACAGCAAAGGACAAAUGUUCCGCCACCUGAUUCCUGGUGCUUCAUAUUAAAUUGCCCCCCUACUUUAGAAAUUUCACCAUGCAUUCUCCACACACCAAAGUUAUAUUUUUCGUGAUAAGGGCUAGGACCUCUUUUUAAAGGCAUGCUGAGAAUUCUGAACUCUGUUCAAUACAAAAUUUUGCUACUUUUCUGCACAUGUGCUGAGUUGCAAAUACACACAGCCCUGAUUAAUUGAUCUGGUAUGAACAAAGAGAAAUAAAAGCCUUUGCUAUUGUCUAAAAUACUAGUUCAUCUAAAAGGGGCUUCCUCAACCUCUGCCCUCCAGAUGUUUUUUGAGACUACAAAUCCCAUCAUCCCUGACCACUGGUCCUGCUAGCUAGGGAUCAUGGGAGUUGUAGGCCAAAAACAUGUUGAGGGCCGAGGUUGAGGAAGCUUGAUCUAAAAUUUAAUGGACCAGUUUCUGCUCAACAAAUCAGAAUCUCCUCUUCUCAUUGCCUAGUUUCAAUAUCCCCUUUUUGAGAUGUUGCUAUCAGUUUUAGGGUACACAUUCUUGACUUUUGUUUUUCGAUAUUUUUUCAUGUGGGGUUCAGCUUCUUUAUUCCAUUUUAAUGUUUGAUUAUUGUGAAACAACUUUUUAUAUGAUGGUCCAUAAUCUGUUUUUUGUUUAAUAGGACUGUUUAAUUGGAUUGUAUUUUUUAAAAUCUUCGUAUUUGUUUCUUUAAGUACAGUAUACAGAACUGAGAAAUGUCAAGGGACAACUAUAUAUGAAUGAGAUGGUGGGGCGUGGGGGAAAUAACCAAAGCCUCAUCAAUAUUCAGACAAGUGUUCUGAAAAUAAACAUUAGAGACCUGAACAAUAUGGUGAGGAGAAAUAGAAAUGUUUACAAGUAGAAUUCUCAGGGGUGCCCAUGCGUCACCCACAGACACCAGUAUGCCCACCAGUACCCCCUGUGGAACCCGUUCAAGGUCCUCGUAAAAUGUCCCUUAAAAACCCACAAGAGACGGUUUGCUCUUCAUGUUCAGUUCCUGGUCAGAGGAGAGGGGAAAGAGCUUCUGUCUCUGCGUAAAUGUGGUGGUGGCCAAUGUCGUUGGUUUUCCCCCCAAUUGGAAGGCAGGGCUCUCACACCAUUUUGAGGGGCUCUUCUUUUUUUCCUGCUCUUUUAGCUGUGGUGGUCAUUUUGUGCCACACGCCACACAGCCUUUAUGUGAUUGGUGCGCAGAGCACGGUCUCCAUUUUCCAAGUAUGCCCAUUGGCCUGAAAAGUUUGGCAGUCUCAUCUACCAUGCCGGAUAAAGUAAGGCCAAGAAUCAGAGAGCUACCUAAUCACCCCUAAGGGAUUGGGCAAGCCUUUUAGGGUUUUUCCUUUAAAGCUCCAGGGCCCUGUGCCAUACCACAAGCUGCUUUUGAAAUUCCCCUCUGUUUUAAAAGUAGUUUGCCAUGAGACGCAAAAAGGCCCUGUUCAAGAAACACAAGACAAAAUCCCUCUUAUGUGCAAUGCUAUGCCCCUUCAUUUGGGAUUUAGUUCUUGUAACAGGACUACGAUUUGGGCAGGCAUAUAGGAGUAAGGGGACUGUUCUGAGCAGAUGUACAGGAUUGCAUCAUAAGGAACUUAGGCCUGAGUAAUAUCGGACUGUACCAUACAUUUAAUCAGCCAACUUUAAAUAUAUGGAAUGGCUUGCAGUUUAUAAUUCUGAGCUAUGAUAAAUCUGAUGGAGGUUAACAAAUUUAAGAAUUGGUUCUUUCUGUGAUUUGGUGGAGACAUUUAAAUAUCCUAACAAAAUUACAGUUAGAUCAUUGUUAAAUGUGCAUACUUGUGAACUUCUCUGUGUGUCGAUUUUUAAUUUAUUUAGCCAUUCAGAAUCAUAACUCAUAACUUUUUGCUUUAAGUCCAUGUAUAUUUCAGGCUUCUUAACAUCAUGGCAGAUUUCAGCUAAGGUCUCUGCAACUCGUGACCCAUGAGGCUGACUGCAGCGAUUAGCCAGAUGCCGUGACUUGCCAUGUGCUUCAGGUGCCCCCAUUUCUGUGGUUCCAUGUAAGCAGCAAAAACGGGAGGCUUAUUAGUGAGCUGUGUUUUGUUUGAUGGGUCACAAGUUUAUUUAGGCCUGCUGGAAUGCUUAUAUACCAUUUUCAUGACUGAUCCUUAAUAUUUAACACUUGUCAAAUUUUCAAAUAGCUGUUUGUUGAGUAUUGCUCCUCCCACCCCAACGUCCUGCUUGCCUGUGUGGGUUUCUGUAAUGUGCUGUGUUUGAGCAAUGUGCCCUAGUUAUACAGGACAUGCCUGCUUUAAAUAUAUAAUGGUAAUGCCAGACAAAACCUCUAAGCAUUGGCCAUAAAUGACAGGCUCUAUCACCCACCCCACCUCUUAAUUAUGGGUGGGCCAAGUAUUUGCCAACCCAGGGAUGGAUUGUCAGAGUCAGUAAUGCGGGCAAUUUGGCAUAAGAGUCUAAAGAGAUCAGGGAGAAGAAAUAACAACAGUUUAGGGGAUAGGGAGGAUGGAAUUCUGCAUUUUAGGAACGGAGUGGUGGAAAGGGUGUACGGAAGAGUGUUUAAGUGGUAGAUUCUUUUCCAGGGUUGGUGCCAAGUACCCAUCUGCAAACAUAGCUGUCAAGCGUCCCUUAUUUGGCGGGACAGUCCCUUAUUCCAGCGCCGUGUCCCGCUGCUGUCCCUUAUUGAUGAUGUCUCUUAAAUAAGCUACUGAAGGUAAUGGGGCCCUUUCUACGUCCAGCUUGCUUUGUCAGCAACAAAUUGUUGCUGUUUUUUGGUGUUGAAUAUAUGCUAUAUGGUAAUUUAUGGACCUAAUAGGUAUCUAAAGCCAUUUGCACGCAACAAAAUAUGUAUUUUAUAAAAGUAAUUGUUGAUUCCUUAUUUUGGCUGCUGAUCCCUUAUUUUCGAGCCUGUUGGUCCCUUAUUUUCAAAUCUGUAAGUUGACAGCUAUGUCUGCGAACCCCACGGGAUGAAUGCAGAGAGAGCAAGCUAGGCACAGAAGAACUAUCAGGGAGUGGUCCUAAAGUUUACUACCUGAGUAGUUCUCAACAUUGUUUCAUCUAGUUGGCUGAGUCCUCCCAACGCUUGCACCUUUUCUCAAGUAGCAAGGCCAACAUGCAGAAUCCCCACUUGCCAAGAUUUGGGGGGGGGGGAGUUGGGGUUGGGUGUGUAUGGAUGCCCUUUCUUGUGCCCAAGAAAAUGAAGCCUAAAUGUAGAAACAGAGUAUGUUGUCGUUAAAAGGGUGCUGUCGCCAUAAGCUGUCGGUGUCCUCAGUGAUUAAAUCCAUCACAUCAUUUCCAAAACUCCAUUAACGCCACACCUGUACCCUAAGCAAGGUGAAAUAUGCAAGUGAAACUUUUUUGCUGGUACUCCAGGCCUGUUGGAUUCUGUCCGCUAUCACUGUUGUGUACUCUCACAAUUCAGAUUAGCUUAUACAGCUUUAUCACCACCAACAAUGCCUAGGACUUCUUUUUAUUGGUUUGUACUACUUCAGUGUGCUUUUGGAAGCAAUUCUGCAAAUCUAAGGUACGUAUUGAAAAUAUGUAAAAAUUUCACAACUGGGAGUGCUGUGGCAUCUAUUAAAUGUGAUCUGCAAAUAUGGUAAAUAAAUUGGUACAGUACUUGAAAAAUCUAGUGUAUAAAUCUAAAAGCAAAGCAAGUUACUUCUAGUAGGGCAUCCACAGAUAAGUAGGCAGAAUUUAUUUUUAAGUAGGUGGGAAAAGGGAAGAUUGAGGCUUAUUGUACUCUAAUGCUGCUGUGGAACCCUUGUAAGGGUCCUUAAAGGCUUACAACAUUCUGGGCUGCAGGUAGGAGAGAGAGAGUCACAACAUUUUGUUGCAGGCUCGUUUUACUUUCAUACUCUCCAGUGUACUCUUGAUGGUAACAAUUCGUGUUCAUAUUCUGAAAUGCAGCCUUGCUGCUGUGAGACACAUAUUUCGGGGUAUUGUUGCUGAUAUCAGGUAGAAUACUCCUAAAUAAACUGCUUUAAAGUUGACGGUAUAAUUACAGUUUUUAAAGUAUAUAGAAUAUUGUUGGCUCCUAUACUCAAAAGAGUUUUGUGCUGCAGGUUUGUUUUUCCACAAACAACCAACUUUAGUUUUCUUUCCUGGCCAUUGUAAAAUACGUGUUUAGAACUCUGCUUCUCAAGUGGUGAGUCAAGUCCUGCAGAAUUUUUUUCUAGCUGAGAUGCAGUUUGACCCAGCAAGGCAGACUCAGUGGUUAGCUGCAUGAGCCGAGCUCCUCUGCCCACGUAAACCUCUGGCCAGGCUGAAACAAAUGAGAAUUUUGCCCCACGUUUGUACCUGAAGUGUAGUAAAACUAACACUUGGGUAGAUUGAUACAGAGGACCCAAUAGUUUGUCGUGUGUUGGCCCACUAUCUAGGCAAAUAGAACAAUCCCCUCCUCUGCUUACUGGGUAUUCCUUAUUGGAGAGAUAAAACAUACUUUGGGAACAAAUGGCCCUUCUUAACUUGACCUUCCUAUUUCAGACAGGGACCAAAGUUAAACCUGCCAGUCAUGAUCUCUUACUUUCACCUACAGUGUAGAUCUGGGUGGUUCUGACUUGGGUUGGAUCACCUGUUCUGCAGAUUCAUGUAGUCCUUCUGGGGAUCAGCCACUUCAGUGCGGAGCUUACUACUUCAAAGUCUCCCACAUACAUCUGUAUAUACAGAAAUUUAUGAGCUCUUCUAAUUUAGUACCAAAGCCGUUUCUGCUUCUAGCAGAUUAAUUUACUAAACUGCAUUGUGGAAAAUACUGAAAACUGCCCCCACCUCCAAAUAAUGGAUUUUUGCUCCAUUUGGUUUACAGAACUGUGACCUUGUACUUCAUAUAUAUGUAUUUAAGGAAUUAGGAGAUCUUUAUUAAAUAACUUAGUUUCAUGAUGGAAUUUUUUGGUGCAGGAUCUGUUUAAUAAUAUUUAUUUUCAUCAGGAAGAGACUAAAGUCAAGCAAAGAAUUCAUAAUAAGAUGACUACUAGGUGUACAUUUUAGUGCCUUGUUUAUUGUAUAAUGUGUAAUCAAAAUGAAGGAUUUCUGAUAAAAAUUGUAUUGCUAGUAGGAAAAAUUGUAUAUGCACAUAAUUGGUUCCAAUAAAUCAUGAGUUGUUAAUAAAUCUUGAAAGUUUCCUCACUG